UUCUCUGAGCCGAGAGGCUCCGCGCGGCGCGGCGUAGGAGGCUCACCCAAAGGACGGCACCCUAGAGUAAAGGUUAUGACGGAAUCGAGUUGAACAUGGAGCUUUUCUGGAUUUUGUCACUUUCUGUAGUCCAUCCAUACGUCCAGGGUCAAGGAGUUUACGCUCCGGCCAAUGCCCAGAUCGUGCACUCAGGCGCAGCAUGUAACGUCAAGGAGGAUAACAUCAGUGAGAGGAUCUACACUAUCAAAGAAGGAGACACACUAGUGCUCCAGUGUAUUGUGAAAGGACACCCGCGACCACAGGUACGAUGGACGAAGACGGCGGGCAGUGCAUCGGACAAGUUCCAGGAAACAUCCAUUUACAACGAGACGCUGCGUAUCGAGGGCAUCCAGAGGGUGCAGGGGGGUCGCUACUACUGCAAGGCCGACAACGGGGUGGGGGUGGCUGCCAUCAAGUCCAUCCGCGUAGAUGUGCAGUAUCUGGACACACCAGUGCUGACAGUGCACCAAACCAUCAGUGAUGUGCGAGGCAGUUACUACCAAGAGAAAACAGUGUUCCUGCGCUGCACCGUCAACUCCAACCCACCCGCCCGCUUCAUCUGGAAACGUGAGAACAUGCCUAUUGAACAGAGCAAGGACAAUGGAGUAGACAUCUACGAACCUCUCUACACACAGGGUGAGACCAAGGUGCUGAAGCUGAAAAACCUGAGGCUCAAGGAUUUUGCCGACUACACCUGCCAGGUGUCUGUCCGCAAUGUGUGCAACAUCGAGGAUAAGUCAGUCACCUUUAGGCUCACCAAUGCUACCAGCCCUCUCCACCCUGCGCUCCGGCUGUCAGUCAAUGAGACGCUGGUGGUGGACCCUGGGCGGGAUGUGACCAUGACCUGUGAGGUAACUGCCGGCUUCCCCCCACCCACUGUGACAUGGUCGCGGUACCCCGGCCCCCUUCCCCUCAGUGCCCAGGUUCGUGGAGGCUCGCUGAUGCUGCGGGCUGUCACACCAGCUGACGCAGGUUUCUACAACUGCACAGCCGUCAACAAUGUGGGCAACCGCCGCAGGAACGUCAACCUCAUUGUCAGGACGAUGAGCAACCUGACCUUCCAGAUUACACCCGACUCCAACAAGGACAGCGAGAGCAUCCAGAUGGGUCGUGACCUCAAGCUGUCCUGCCAUGUGGACGCCACCCCGCAGGACAAGGUCAACUACACCUGGUACAAAAACGGUGUGCCUGUCUACAGCUCAGACAGCCUGAUUUUGCUGCGCAGUGACCCUGACAUGGCGCCCGGCACCAGCAGCCUUGAGAUUGUGGACAUGAAGUUCAGAGACUUGGCUACCUACAGCUGCAUGGCCAACUUCCCAGGUAGUAGGGUGCAAGAGCUUCGCGUGGAUGUCAACAUUUCUCAGAACAGUGUCACUCCCCCAGUGCUGGGUCCAGCUGGGGGGCAGGUGGUCAGCGUGCGAGAGGGAGGCAACACUGAGCUGGUGUGCUUGGUGGUGGAUGGAAAGCCACGCCCACCUGUGCUGUGGUCACGAAUGGACAAAGACCUGCUCAUGCCAUCAGGGGAGCCUCUAGUGGAGACGCGGGAUGGCCGCUUGAGGCUGACCAAUGUCAGCCGGGACAUGAUGGGGGCGUACCGGUGUCAGACCGCUCCUUACAAUGGCCUGAACAUCAAACGCCGUGAAGCACAGGUCCAGCUCAAUGUGCAAUAUGCUCCCAUACUGGAUCCGGUCUUCCAGGAUGUACGUUCCAGGAACUACCAGAUGGUGACCCUGCGCUGUACUGUCCUGCGGUCCAACCCGCCCCGCCUCAUGAACAUCCGUUGGUUCCGUAACGGUGAGCCACUCCGCAUGCCCCCACCAGAUCUGAAGGAGACACCGGAGCUCAAGUUCAAGCUGGACCCUGUCAACAAUGGCACUUAUGACUGCCGAGUUACCAAUAAUGCAGGAACCUCCACGUGCACAUUUAAUGUUUCCGCACGGCCCUACAAUGCUGAGUUUUACUUUGACACGCCCAACCCCAUCCGGAUCCUGAAAGGGAACAACUAUUCUUACAACCUGCAGUGGACACAGCGAGACCCUGAGGCUACAGACCGCAUCAUAGGCUACUGGAUUAAUGUCCGCAAGAGCAAGCAGAACCUCCUGUCAAAGCAAAUAGACCUGAAGGGUGUGGAGCCGGUGAAGGGUGUGCUGCUGUCCUAUGCUAUACCAGACCUGCGUAUUCCUCUGUCCUAUGAGGUCCGACUGGCUCCCGUCACCACCUACAGCACCGGGGACUACGUCAGCCGCAUCAUCCAAUACUCAGAACCGUAUACCUACCCAAGACCCACAGAUCAUGUGUGUGGCUUUGAGGAUGAGCGGAUCUGUGGUUUCUCCCAAGACCGGAGUGAUAUAUUUGACUGGACAAGACAGAAUCACCUGACCCAGAAUCCCAAGCGAUCUGCCAACACUGGCCCAGAGACUGACCGCAGUGGUACCAAGGAGGGUUACUACAUGUACAUCGAAGCAUCACGACCACGAGCUCCAGGUGACAAGGCCCGCCUUCUGUCCCCACUUUAUAAUGUGACUUCGGUCAGGGGCCCCAAGGGCUCCGGCAGAGUCCCAUACUGUGUCUCCUUCUACUACCACAUGAAGGGCAAACACAUUGGCACGCUUAAUGUGCUGCUGAGAGUGAGGAGUAUUGCCUCUGUGGACUCCCUAGCCUGGACAAAGUCUGGUCAUCAGGGCCCUGACUGGAAGAAAGCCUUUUUUGACAUCAGCCCCAGUGGACCCUUCCAGAUUGUGUUUGAGGGAAUUCGAGGCCCAAGCUUUGAGGGGGACAUUGCCAUUGACGACGUGUCCAUCACCAUGGGGAAGUGUAAGCAAGAGACCUCAGUGGCCAGCACGGUUCUGAUUGGUGGAUCGACAGCACCUCUUCCGCCUCCAUUGGCCAGCUGGCUGACCCUUGGCCUCUGCGGCUUCCUGCUGCUGCUCUACAGAUGA